GCCUAGGAUUAGCCCGGAUGCAUCCCUUUACUGAAGUUGGAAUAUGAAGACACAGUGACGUUUUCCACUAAAAUGCUGUGCGAUCCUUACAUUUAUUCUCUCAGUUCUUGCUUGAGCUCCUUCAAAGCCAAACCCACUUUGCACACUCGACUCUACAUCAGAUCAUUGUUUGGCGACUCUCAAUCUCAGUAUCAAACAAUGAGUUUUGAUGAAGAUAACAAACAUAAAAGCUCUAUUGAUUUCCUAAGCAAGAAAGCUUACAAUCCUCCAUCAUGGGCCACCCAUCUCAAUCCCAUUCCAACCCACCAAUUCUCUCUUGGUCACUUUCCUACUCCUAUUCAUCGGUGGAAUCUUCCCAAUUUGCCUAAUGGCACUGAGGUUUGGUUAAAGCGAGAUGACCUUUCGGGUAUGGAAUUGAGUGGUAACAAAGUGAGAAAGUUAGAGUUCUUGAUGGCUGAUGCAGUGGCUAAAGGCGCUGAUUGUGUUAUUACUAUAGGUGGUAUUCAAAGUAAUCACUGCCGUGCCACUGCUGUUGCUGCUAAGUAUCUCAAUCUCGAUUCUUAUCUUAUACUACGCACAUCCAAGGCUUUAGUGGACCAAGAUCCUGGAUUGACAGGCAAUCUGUUGGUGGAGCGUCUAGUUGGAGCUAAUAUUCAACUAAUUUCUAAAGAAGAAUAUUCACAACUUGGGAGUGUGACUCUAACUAAAGUCUUGGAAGAAAAGUUGCUAAAGCAAGGGAGAAAACCGUAUGUUAUUCCCGUUGGUGGAUCAAACCUCAUAGGAACCUGGGGUUAUGUUGAAGCAAUCAAGGAAAUUGAGCAACAAUGUCAAGCUAGUUGCGGCAAAUUAAAAUUUGAUGAUAUUGUUGUAGCAUGUGGCAGUGGAGGUACAAUAGCUGGUUUGUCACUUGGAUCAUGGUUGGGUACUUUGAAGGCAAAAGUUCACGCGUUCUCUGUUUGUGAUGACCCUGAUUAUUUUUACAACUUUGUUCAAGGCCUAAUCGAUGGACUCGAAGCAGGUGUUAACACACAUGACAUAGUAAACAUUCAAAAUGCCAAAGGUAUAGGCUAUGCAAUGAACACCUCUGAUGAGCUUCAGUUUGUCAAGGAAGUUGCUACAGCUACUGGUGUUGUGCUAGAUCCAGUUUACAGUGGGAAAGCUGCUUAUGCUAUGAUGAAAGACAUGGCAGAGAAUCCAAAGAAGUGGGAAGGGAGAAAAAUUCUCUUCGUACACACUGGUGGCCUCCUUGGAUUAUAUGACAAGGUUGAUCAAAUGUCUUCAUUGGUAAAGAAUUGGUCUCGCAUGGAUGUUGAUGAAUCUGUCCCGAGGAAUGCCGGGACCGGAAAAAUGUUCUGAAGGAGCAAUCUCAGUUGCAUCAUUUCUAAAUUAUAGUUUUGGUGAACCCAGGUCCAAGCGCAUGUCUGUUCAUGCAUGAAAACAUGUGUUUGCAUUCAUAUUUUGAUUAACAAAAACAAGAUUGUAUCUUGUACUUCAGAAUAUCCUCAAAUUCUAAUCUUUGAAAGGGCAAUCAGAAAAUAAUAUAAAGCCGACACUGACUCUA